CAGAGCUGUGCGUUCUGUAACGUUUCCACUGAAAAUGGAUUUGACGUUAUGUGGGAGGGUACGUGUAUUGAUGAUGCGAACCUGGUUGUUUUUCGAGAUCGGGAUCCAGCAUGUGAACAUCACUUCCAAGUAAUCCCCAAAGAGCACAUUCCAAGUGUUAGACAAUUGAGGAAGUCGGAUGUUGAAACAUUAAAAGCCAUGGUUAAUGUGGGCCAUCAGCUUCUCGAACAACUUGGCGUUGAAAGCACUAUGAGAAAAAUGGGCUUUCACAUCCCACCUUUUAAUUCAGUGGGACAUUUGCAUCUGCACGUACAAGCUCUGCCAUACAAGAAUUUCUCGAAAAAAUUGAAGUAUCCGAUCGCUAAUGGAUUCAAACCGUUUCACAAAGGAUUUAGUUGGUUCAUCGAAGUACAUCAAACGAUAUCGAUAAUACAGCAAGACCGUAGUGUCGGCCUUUUCCCUUGCUAG